GUGUAUAUUGAGGGAAGAAGCUCAGCCCAGCUCAGCUUAGUUGAUUUUUUUUUUUAAUUCCUAAUUUUUCUUAAUUAUGGGAUCUCUAAGAACUUUGAAUCCAUUAAUUACAUCUCAUAAUUUUAUCACGCUUUCCUUUCAAAAAAUUUCAGUUUGUCGAAGUUGAUAUAAUUUGUUCUUCUGAUUCGUGAAUUGGGAAAAUUAUAUUGAAAGGUGAUAGAUUUUCAUUUCAGCUUUCACGGGUUCUUUCUCUCCUGAUUGGAUCAAUACGAAAUCCUCCUUCCUCACCCUCUCGCUGUAGAGAAGAUUACUACUAGAAGAACAAACCGGGAUUUGCAGCAUAAACCAAAACACCAUUAAUGAAUUCUGGCUGAUUUUCAGCCUGUUUCUUCGUUUCUCUCCCCAUUUCCAGCUCUGCUCCUCCAAACAAGGUGACGGAACUCAUUGAAAUGUUUCUGCGAAUCUAGAUUAUCAUUUCUUCCCUUUUUGUGGGUUCAGUCCCAGAACUGUUGAAAAGUGUCUUCUCCUUCUCCCCCUUCUUUACUCUUUGAAUUUGCUUUUUUUUUUUGGUCCACUUAUUUUCUGGGUUUAUGGAUCUGGCAUCUUCGAUUGUGGACUGAGUUCGUUUUGAUCUUAUACGGUACUGGGUGUCUCCUUUUCUUGGCUAUACGUAGUCUGAAUCUUGUGUUUUUACUGCCUUGGGGGUAUGAUUACUCUGGGUUUUCCAUGUUUAGUAGUUUAUGUUUAGUCCCUUUAAGCAAAGAAGAGCUUUAUUGGGGGAAGCUGUGUGAUUGGAUUUAACUCGUUUGAGCGUGAAAUUUAGCGGGUUUAAGUGUAGAACUUUAUUCAAGUUACUUAUAGUGUGAUUCUUUUAUUUAUGCUUCCUUAAAAAAACUUUCCAUUAUUUUGUUUUUUCCUUUUAUUGGAUUUUCAGGUCACUAGAAAAUGUCCAGGCCUCUGCAUCGAGGUGCAUCUGGGGCACGGAUCUCUGGUAGCUACCAUGAUUUUUGGGAUUCUCAAACAAAUGUUAGAACAGAAAAGGAGGAUUCAGAGAGAGACCGUUCUUCUGAUCAGAGUUAUUUAGUCCCCAGUAUUGGAACUCCAAGAAGCCGGCAUAAACUAGCAAUGCUAUUUUUGAAGUUUAGUUUAGUUCUCAUUGUGAUUGUUGCUCUUACUGGAUCCUUUUGGUGGACAAUAUCCAUUUCAACAUCGUCAAGGGGUCACAUAUCUCAUGGUUAUAGACGACUUCAAGAGCAGCUUGUUUCUGAUUUGUGGGAUAUAGGAGAGCUUUCUCUUGGUCCUUCAAAGCUGAAAGAACUGGACUUUUGUCCUGAAGAUGAUGAGUAUUUUGUUCCUUGCUUUAAUGUUACAGAUAACCUUGCUGCUGGUUAUUCUGAUGGUAAUGAGUAUGAUAGAAAUUGUGGAAAUAGGCCAAGGCAAAAUUGUUUAGUUCUUCCUCCUGUGAACUAUAAAAUUCCUCUUAGGUGGCCAACUGGGAGAGACAUCAUCUGGUUUGCAAAUGUUAAAAUUUCUGCUGAGGAGGUGCUUUCUUCUGGCAGUUUGACCAAGAGGAUGAUGAAGGAGGAAGAUAAGAUUUCGUUUCGUUCAGCCUCUCUCAUGUUUGACAGCAUGGAGGAUUACUCACAUCAAAUUGCAGAAAUGAUUGGACUGAGAAACGAAUCUAACUUCAUACAAGUUGGUGUCAGAACCAUCUUGGAUAUUGGAUGCGGUUAUGGUAGCUAUGGAGCUCAUCUAUUUUCCAAACAACUCUUAACUAUGUGCAUUGCAAACUAUGAGUCCUCAGGCAGUCAAGUUCAACUAACUCUUGAAAGAGGCCUUCCUGCAAUGCUUGGUUCUUUCAUGUCAAAACAACUACCAUAUCCUUCUCUUUCAUUUGACAUGUUGCAUUGCGCAAGGUGUGGUGUUGAUUGGGACCAAAAAGAUGGUAUUCUCUUAAUUGAAGCUGAUAGAGUUCUGAAGCCUGGUGGAUACUUUGUAUGGACUUCACCACUUAUUAAGGCUCAGACAUUAAAUCGUAACAAAGAGAGCCAGAAAAGGUGGAACUUUGUUCGCGAUUUUGCUGAAAAUCUCUGCUGGGAGAUGUUGUCUCAGCAGGAUGAGACUGUUGUGUGGAAGAAGACAAGUAAAACAAGUUGCUAUAGUUCCCGGAGGGGUUCAGGUCCUUCUAUUUGCAGUAAAGGGCAUGACGUUGAAUCUCCAUAUUAUCGACCUCUUCAAAACUGUAUAGGAGGAACACAUAGCCAUCGAUGGAUUCCUAUUGAAGCUAGAACAGCUUGGCCUUCUAGAUCUGGUUUGAACAAGAGUGAACUGGCAGUAUAUGGCCUUCACCCAGAAGAAUUUAUUGAGGACAGUGAAAGCUGGAAAGCUGCUGUUCGUAAUUAUUGGUCUCUUCUAUCGCCACUGAUAUUCUCAGAUCAUCCAAAAAGACCAGGUGAUGAGGAUCCUUCACCACCUUAUAACAUGCUCAGAAAUGUGCUUGACAUGAAUGCUCACUUUGGUGGUUUCAAUUCUGCCUUACUGGAAGAAGGGAAGUCCCUGUGGGUCAUGAAUGUUGUCCCAACAAGUGGAUCCAACUACCUUCCCUUAAUUCUCGACAGAGGCUAUGUUGGUGCCUUGCAUGAUUGGUGUGAACCUUUUCCAACUUAUCCUAGAACUUAUGAUCUGGUGCAUGCAGAAGGGCUUUUAUCCCUUGAGGCAGGUCAACGUCGCAGGUGCUCCCUGAUUGAUUUAUUUGCUGAGAUAGAUCGUUUACUUCGUCCAGAGGGUUGGAUAAUUAUCCGGGACACAGCACCACAUAUUGAAUCAGCAAGAGCUCUAACUACACGGCUGAAGUGGGAUGCAAGAGUCAUAGAAGUUGAGGGUAACAGCAACGAGAGACUUCUCGUCUGUCAGAAACCUUUCUUUAAGAGACAAGCAAGCUAGUUAAAGAUCUGUUGCAGCGAUCUCCGGAAGUUUUCACGCCAUGGUAUUCAAAUUCAUUUUGUGGAUGUUAAGUAUUCAUCAUAAAGCUCCACCGCAGAAGGGGGAUAUCACAUAUUUUGAACACAGAAGAAAGCAGCAAAAGAGAGCCAGAGAAUAGAAACAGUGAAUCAAAUCUUUGUGGCACCAACCGCUACUCCUAUGGUAGCCGUAAGGCGAACAUAGGCCCGUGUAAUUACUUGAGUUUGCGGAGUAUACAAUUAGAUUUACAUUUUUCAUUUCAUGUUCCAUUAUAACUAUACAACCCCACAAGAUUAAGAUUGUGAAAGAUGAUUACAGAAUAAGCAAGGGCUAUAUCAGGUAUAGAUUUACAUUUUACUUUGGCUUUUUAGUAUUUUUAAAAAAAAGUAUUUUGCACU